AUGAAUCAACCUACUCAUAUUAUCGAUCCAGACGGUGAAGUGAUUAUCAUAUUGCGCAAUGCAGACCCUCCUUUUGCACAAGCACUUGAUCAUAUGGUGACUGGUGGGACCCUUCCAGAAUCCGGUCACUGUCUCCAGGGUCCUGAUGAAGCGAUUGAACCCCUACCUGAAGCGAUUGAACCCCUACCUGAAGUGAUUGAACCCCCACAACGCCUUUCGAGGAAGGUAAAGAUGAAGAACAAAAAGGGCAAGAAACUGAGGGUCAUUCGGACCCCUCCUGCAGAGCCUGCUGUGGAGCCUGAGCCUGAACCAGCACCGAUGGAAGAGCCUGAGCCUGCCGAGCCUGAGCCUGAGCUUGCCGAGCCUGCGCCUGAGCCUGCCGAGCCUGAGCCUGAGCUUGCCGAGCCUGCGCCUGAGCCUGCCGAGCCUGAGCCUGAGCCUGCCGAGCCUGAGCCUGAGCCUGCCGAGCCUGAGCCUGAGCCUGCCGAGCCUGCGCCUGAGCCUGCCGAGCCUGAGCCUGAGCCUGCCGAGCCUGAGCCUGAGCCUGCCGAGCCUGAGCCUGAGCCUGCCGAGCCUGAACCUGCUGUCGAUGAGGAAAUAUGCAAACCGCUUGACGGGAAUUGUUUCUACAUUCAAGUCUCCGCGAAGCAUUUGACAUUGGCAUCUCCGGUGUUUAAAAGAAUACUCACGGGUGGCUGGAAAGAAAGCAUUGCGUAUCUUCAAAAAAGCUCGGUUGAAAUUACUGCAGAUAGCUGGGACAUCGAAGCGUUCUUGGUUGUACUUCAUGCUAUUCAUGCUAAAAACAAGCGCAUACCGCAAAAGCUCACCCUUGAGAUGCUAGCCAAAGUUGCUGUCAUAGCGGAUUACUAUGAAUGCAAGGAAUCUCUGUACAUCAUAACAGACAUCUGGUUCAACAGUCUGGAGGAAAGGAUUCCUACGACAUAUUCUCGGGAUUUGAUCUUGUGGUUGUGGGUUUCUUGGUUUUUCCAGCGCCCUUCCCAGUUCAAAGAAUCAACAUCGAAUGUCAUUUCGUGCAGUGAAAAUCACAUUAGUGGUUGGAAACUUCCCAUCCCUGAUAAAGUUAUCGUAUCUAAUGGAAUCUCAGGGUUGAUCAACGAAUCGAGAGAGCAGGUUAUCGCUGAGUUGAUUGCCAUUAUUUAUGCAACACGGGCGGCCCUCCUGAGCCGCAGUAAAGGCUGUAGCUUUGAAUGCAGCUCAAUUAUGUAUGGAGCUCUUACGAUACAGAUGGAGUCAGUUCAUCUUCUUUCGCCGACGCCCGAAGCUCCUUUCCCGGGUUGGAAUUACAAUGAUCUCAGGCAGAAGGUAUUGUCAUUCCAAUCACCACAGUGGUGUCGUUUCCAUGGUUAUUCAACUUAUUGGCAAUCCCACGUAUGUCCCGAUUCCUCCUUCACAUCCAUAUUCGCGAACCUGGAUGCCUGUGUUCAAGGCUUAGACCUGAAUAGCCUUGAUUCCUUUUAG